AUGAGGCAUCACAACAUCACUAAUGGGGCCUUCAAUUCCGGAUAUAAUCGAGACUUGGGAGAUACUAGCGAUACGGGAGGUCGUCGCUCUAAACCUAAAAUAUCGCAGGUUAUCGUAGCCCGACCACAUUACCAACAAGAGGACCUUAACAAUGCUUUCAACUAUUUCAAACCAAAAUCCAAUUUUUAUCAAGAAGCGCUAGAGAGCAUGCGAGAGGUUGAUACUAAAACAUGCAUUACAGGACUAUUUCCCAUUUUUCGAUGGUUACCGGAAUAUUCGUUUCCAAGUGAUUUCAUAGGAGACCUUAUAAGUGGUAUAACUGUUGGUGUAAUGCAUAUUCCACAAGGAAUGGGAUAUGCAUUAUUGGCAAACAUGCCACCCAUAACCGGAAUUUAUACAGCUUUUUUUCCAGUUUUCAUUUACUUUCUUUUCGGUACAUCACGGCACAACUCAAUGGGAACACUUGCUGUUGUAUCUAUUAUGACUGGUAAAGUUGUUUACAAUCAUUCAGGUGAUGGUUCCAAUUUCUCGAAUUUGGAAGUUGGAACCGCUUUAUGCUUCUUAGUCGGCUUGAUUCAGCUUGUUAUGUGCCUGCUGAGAAUGGGCGCUGCAUCAUUUUUGCUAUCAGAAGCUCUAGUAUCUGGAUUCACAACCGGCGCUGCAGUAUAUGUCUUUACAUCACAAAUGAAGGAUAUUCUUGGUGUAACAUUACCUCCAUUGGGUAGUAGAUUUGAAAUCGUGCACACAUACUACGAGCUUGGAAAGAAACUACCAGAGGUUAAUCUUGCAAAUCUAGGGAUCGCUUUCAUCGCUGUUAUCAUUCUUUUAAUCAACAAUGAAGUUAUUAAGCCUCGUCUUGCCAAACUAUGCAUUAUUCCAAUACCAAUUCAACUGAUUCUUGUGGUUAGUGGCACACUUCUUUCUAUACAAUACAAUCUAAAAGAUAAUUUUGGUAUAAAAGUGGUUGGAAAUAUACCCCAAGGAUUACCAGCUCCCAAGCUACCCAACUUUGAUAUUUUGUCAGAAAUAUUCGUGGAGAGUAUUACUGUGGCUGUUGUCGGCUAUACUGUAUCGGUUUCGUUGGGAAUCAUUUUUGCCAAAAAAGAAAAUUAUGAAAUUGGCUUCAAUCAAGAAUUAUUGGCGCUCGGAGCUGGCAAUCUAUUUGGUUCAUUUUUUUCGUGCUUCCCUUUUGCAGCUUCACUAUCGAGGGCUGCCAUUCAAUACCUGGCAGGCGGAAAAACCCAAAUUACUGGUCUCGUUUCUUGUAGCCUUCUAGCCGUAGUGCUUUUAUUUAUGGCUUCAUUCUUUCAGCCACUACCUCGGUGCAUCCUAGCUAGCAUCAUUGCAGUUUCGGUGCAAGGAUUGUUAAUGCAAGCUAAAGAUCUACCAAAAUUUUGGCGCCAAGGAUUUUUUGACGGUGUCACUUGGGUGCUAACAUUUGUAUCAGUGGUGUUCAUAUCUAUCGAUAUUGGCUUAUUAGUGGGAUUUACUCUGAGUGUUUCCAGUAUCUUCUUCAAAGCCCUUAAGCCAUAUAUGUGUCUGAUGGGUAAUGUGCCGAAUUCGGACGUAUACUUAGAUUUGAGUCGCUAUGAAGGGUUAGUUGAGCUACCUGGAAUCAAGAUAAUACACUACAGCGGAGGUUUACACUUCGCUUCACGAGCCAUUUUCAAGAGUAACAUCUGCCAAUUCCUCAACAUAAAUCUAACAGAAGAAAUUCGACGUCAUAAAGCACCGGAUAUUACAGUGGCAGAUGAUGCUAUCAAAUUUCUGAUUUUGGACUUUACCGCUCUUAGUUACAUCGACCCGUCAGCUAUUUCAACAUUCAAAACAUUCACAAAAGAUUUAGAGAUGAUCAAUGUUCAAACUCUUCUUGCCGGAUGUUCACCUUUAGUGUUUGAGAAAAUGAAGAAGUGCAAUUUUAUUGGUGGCGAAGAGAUCUAUGUUCGUACGUUUCCUACCAUUCACGAUGCUGUGCACCAUGCCCAAAAACAGUUGCGACUACAUGCCAGCGGAAUAGGCCAGACGAUCCAAGAAGUGCGGUUAUAAAUGUAUUGUCGAUGAAAAUAUUUGCAUGAAAUCAGAAACUAUGUAAUAUCCUAGCUGAAUGUAAUAAACAUAUAAAAAAUGUCUUUAA